GUUUACUCGCUCAGCUGACUCCGAGCGAGGCAGCGCAGUGACAGUGAGGUGGUGCGCCGUGCGUCCCGUACUGCCGUGCCUCCCGUGCCUCGCCCAUGGCACCCGCCCACGAUGGAACCUGACAGUGACAAGUUCUGGUACGUGCACAGCUGCGACCUGGACGUGAACAUACAGGUCAAGAUUGGCACCUUGGACGGGCGGCGAGAGAAGCCCAACUACGAGGCCCUCCUGAAGGACCCGCUGCUCAAGUUCUCGGGGCUGCACCAGGCGGCCUGCUCCGACCUGUACGUGUCCUGCCAGGUGUACGCCGAGGACAAGGAGCUGGCCCUGCCCGUGCGCACCUCCCACAAGGCCUUCUCCGCCCGAUGGAACUGGAACGAGUGGCUGACCCUGCCCCUGCGCUUCAGUGACCUGCCCCGCAAUGCCGUGCUGGCCCUGACCAUCCAUGACUGCUAUGGCCCCCGGCGCAGCGAGCCCAUCGGCGGCACCACCAUCUCCUUCUUCGGCAAGCAUGGCGUCUUCCGGCAGGGCCUCCACGACCUGCGGGUGUGGCCCAACACUGUGGCGCAUCCUGAGAAUACCCCGGGCAAGGUGCAGGACCCGGGCAAGGACCAGAUGCAGCGCCUCGCCAAGCUGGCCAAGAAGCACCGGAAUGGCCAGAUGAUGAAGGUGGACUGGCUGGACCGCCUCACCUUCCGGGAGAUCGAGCUGAUCAAUGAGCGGGAGAAGCGGUCGUCCAACUCCAUGUACCUGAUGGUGGAGUUCCCGAGGGUGGAGCACGAGGGCGUCAUCUACUCGGUGGUGUGGUGGGAGCGCGGAGACCAGGACGAGUACGAACACAGGACCAGCGGGAACAUCGUGCGCAUCCCGGACCCAGAGAUCGCCUUGGAGAACCUGCAGGAGGCCAAGCACCACCGCCUAAACAGGUCUCUCCGCUCUGGGGUCACAGACAAGGACCUAAAGCCCAAUCUCUCCAUCCGCAACACUCUCCACGUGAUCAUUGAAUACCCGCCCACCAAGCAGCUGACCAGUGACGAGCAGGACAUGGUCUGGAAAUACCGCUUCUAUCUCAGCAACCAGAAGAAGGCGCUCACAAAAUUCCUGAAGGGCGUUAACUGGAAGCUGUCUGGGGAGGCCAAGCAAGCCAUUGAGCUGCUGGGGAAGUGGGUGCCUCCAGAUGUGGAUGAUGCCUUGGAGCUGCUUGGGCCGGGCUUCACACAGCCUGAGGUGAGGCGCUAUGCUGUGGAACGCCUCGGUCUGGCCUCAGAUGAAGACCUCUUACUCUACCUCCUCCAGCUGGUGCAGGCUCUGAAGUACGAGGCUCUGGACAACAUCGACAUGAGCCUCUGUGAUGUCUCCCACUACUCCUCCAGUGACACAAGUGGGCAGACCGAAGACACCGUGUCAGAGCACUCGUCACAGCAAGACAAGAUGGCCAGUUCUGCGGGGUCAACCAGUGCUGACCUAACCCAGUCAACCUCAUCAUCCCUUGAGGAGAGCGAGGCCGCCACCAUCCAGCGCUCGCCUUCAUCAUCACUCUUGGUAGAACAGGACAGCUCGGACCCGUCAGCUGCAGUGACGGAUUCUGUGCUGCUCCCAGAGUUGGCUGAGGGGGAAACAGAGCUGGACUUGGCCUCCUUCCUGAUCCAGAGGGCCUGCAAGAACCCUACACUGGCCAACUACCUCUACUGGUACCUGCAGGUCGAGUGUGAGGACCAAGCGGUCGGCCUCAAGCAUGAUGCAAAGGUACGUGAAAUGUACUUGUGGGUGCUGCGUCGCUUCAAGUUGGCCCUCCAGCAGGGGAGCCGCGAGGCACGGCAGACCAGGGCGUCCCUCGCCAGGCAGGACCACUUUGUGGACCAGCUGGUGUCCCACGUCAAGACUGUCUCUAAGGAGAGUGGAAAUCGUGUUCGCAGGAUGGAGAAGCUGCAACAACUACUAUUUGCCGACCCUGAUAGUACAAAAUUUAACUUUGCCAACUUUGAGCAGCUUGCCCUGCCAUUGGAUCCUGAGAUCCAGGUGAACGGCAUCCUCCGGGGGGGCGUGACGCUCUUCAAGUCCGCCCUGGAGCCCUGCCGGCUGGCCUUCAGGACGGCCACCGAGGAGGAGUAUGUGGCAAUCUUCAAACACGGGGAUGACUUGCGGCAGGAUCAGCUCAUCAUUCAGAUCAUCACUCUGAUGGACCGGCUUCUGAGGCGUGAAAACCUGGACCUCAAGCUCACGCCGUACAAGGUCUUGGCCACGAGCAGCAAACACGGCUUCGUCCAGUUCAUUGAGUCCCGGUCGGUGGCAGACGUGUUGCGUGUCGACGGGGGGAUCCUCAACUUCUUCCGCAACGUUGCACCCUGCGAGACCGGCCCAUACGGCAUCUCCUCGGAAGUGAUGGAUACCUACAUCCGUUCGUGCGCCGGCUACUGCGUCAUUACCUACCUCUUGGGGAUUGGGGACCGCCACCUCGAUAACCUUCUCCUCACACAUAACGGCAACCUUUUCCACAUCGACUUUGGCUACAUCCUUGGCCGGGACCCCAAGCCUCUCCCCCCUCCGAUGAAACUGAGUCGGGAGAUGGUUGAAGGGAUGGGCGGGACGCACUCCGAAUUCUAUCUCGAGUUCCGAAAGUUGUGCUACACUGCUUUCCAUCAGUUGCGGCGCCAUUCCAACCUCAUACUCAAUCUUUUCUCCCUCAUGGUGGAUGCCAAUGUGCCAGAUAUUGCCCUCGAGCCUGAUAAGACAGUGCGAAAGGUCGAGGACAAGUUCCGUUUGGACCUGAGUGACGAGGAGGCUGUGAGCUACAUGCAGAUGCUAAUUGAUGACUCUGUGAACGCGGUAGUCGCAGCGGUGGUGGAGCAGCUACACAAGUUUGCACAGUACAUCAGAAAGUGAGGUGAAGGGACUGAGAUUUUAGGCGAUAGAGACAUUUGAGAGGAAAGGACGUGUUGCAUAAGGAUGUGUGGAAAUGUUAAACUAGAGGAAUGUUUUCAAUAGUGAGGUGUAAGUUAGAGAUUAUAGGUGAAAAAGACAUUUGAGAUGAAAGUGUGUGUGGAAAAGGUUAAUUAGGACAAAUGUUUUUAAGAGAGAGGUGAAAGUGAGAGACUAAAGGUGAAAAAGACAUUUGAGAUUUAAGUGUUGCAUAAGUGUGAGGUAAAGUACAGUAAUGUCUGUGUAAAGAAGGCUAGUGGAGGGUGUAUUAGGGAAAGGUCAACCAGGAAACGAUAAUUGAUAAGGAUUUUGUACAUCGUUGGUUUGUAUGUUUUGUGUGUAUAUACAUGAGGGUGAGUCACUGAGAAGCGCAGGAGAAGAUUUUUAAGUAAAGAGUUUGUGGUGUGAGUGGAUGCAUGUAGGAACAAAUGAGAAAGUUAUAAAGUUUAUGAAAAUACAUGCAAGUUUUAUCCGAAAUAUAUACCGUGGACCCUUGAUUUUGCAGACUUAAAAGUUGGGUCAGGGUUGUCUGGAAAAAUUAGAAAAGUUAAAUUAUAAAUGAUCUUGAGUAGUAAACAUUUCCUGCAGCAAAUGCCACUGCUAAGUCUAGUCCAGUUUGAUGAUGUCAUGUUUGUGUGGCUCAGAUUGUCUGCUUGCAUGUGUUUGUGCUCAUUGUCGUGCUAAGACAAGACCAGUGCUCAGCUAGUGUCAGGCCUAUUGUGCUGUAUACUGUACUGCAAAGCUUGGGGCAUCAACUCAUGGCCAGGGAUAUGUAAACACCACUGCCACUGUUCAGUAUCUGAUGGACAUGCUGUGAAUUAUGGUUGGCUUUUGGAGAAGGGAUUGUACUGUGGUAGACUUUAGAUCACCCAGAAUUUUGAUAAGAAAAUUGUGGGUCAGGAAAAUCAAGGCUUUAAUAUGAGAGCAUAAAGCAUCUCAUGAGGCAGUGCAUAUAAUGAAGCAAAUUUCAAAAAGGAUUUCAUAAAAUUAAGAUAUUAGUUUAAGUAAGGCCUAUGGAAAUAGUUUCAGAUAUUUUGCAUCAACUGUGCAUCAACUUCAUAAACUUUAUUUCUAGAAUAGAAAAUACCAACUGUCAUGAAGCAUAAAUUUAUGAUUUCUUUACAGGAAAGAUGACAUUUUGCAUUUUAAGUACUACCCAAGUUGUUUUUGUGUGGAUAAUAAUCAGUAAUUUUAAUGGCAAGGCUCAAGGGGUUGCCAAGGCUUGAGAGGCAGGCGGUCAUGACCCAGCCCGGUGUCCUGUUUUUCCACGUCCUCUUAUUUCUGGUCGUCCGUUUUGUUUAUAAACCAAGAGGCGAAUUGCUAUUAACACGUACGGAUCCGUGUAUGCAGCUGGUUGGGUGUACAUGGCUGUCCCCCCAGUGUUUUCAAGCACGGGAUGGCAUAUUGUUUUAUUCUAUCAUAGGAAAACAUCAAUGAAUCUAGUACAGUGCUCUGUUUUGUAAUAGGUGAAGUGAAGGACCAAUAAAUAGCCUUCAUGCAGUGAUUCAUCAGUAGAUUUAUGGGAAGUAGCAUCUUGCUAUUUUCAAAAAACAAAAUUGUCUUAUCUGACCAGCUGCGUACACAGGUCCGUGUUCAUAGCAAUCUGACUUUUGGUUUGUAAACAAAACGGAUGCCAGAAAUAGGAGGACAUGGAGAAACACAACACCGGCAACAGGAGACUCGUGGAUCUGAGGGCAUUUUUUGAGAGACAGUUGAAAGGUGUUGUCAGAUUUUAUAUAUGUACAUUUUUUGAAAUGUUGUUGUAAGUUUGAAUUUAUAAUAAACAACGCUUUUUCAAGAC